AUGGGAUCCGCAACCAUUCUACCUCUCCAAGUCGUGAUUGUCGGAGCGGGCAUCGCAGGUCUCACCGCAGCCGUCGCCUGUGCUGAGAAGGGAUUCUCAGUUCGCCUCCUCGAAUCCACCGCCAAAUUCUCACACCUCGGCGCAGGUCUUAUGAUAUCCGCCAACGCAAGCCGCGUGCUCUGUGGCAUGGGACUCCGUGAGCAGCUGGAUAAAUGCGGCAUCCACAUGAAGCGUGUGGUAUUUAAGAAAUUCGACGAUGGCACGGUACUCGAUGAGCGAGUAUAUGGCAAUAUCGAGGCGGAGCUAGGCGGGCCAAAUUGGCAGAUUCAUCGUGCAGAUUUACAUGAUGUCUUGCUUCAAAAGGCGCAGGAUCUGGGGCUGAUAAUCUCGAUGGGUGCGAAAGUGAGCAAGUAUGACCCGGAGAACCCAAGCGUGGUCUUGGAGGAUGGAGAAUUUGUCCAAGGCGAUGUGAUUUUGGUGGCCGAUGGAUACCGUUCUCGUGCUCGAGAAGAAAUUUUGGGAAAGUAUAUGGAACCUCGUUUCAGUGGAAAUUCCGCGUACCGCUCUAUCAUUCACCGCAGCAAGUUCGAAAACGAUUCUGAGCUAAGCGAGUUAAUGAAGACCGAGAAUCAGACUACUUACGUGUGGGUCGGAGAAGGCUGUCACAUACUGGGCUAUCCAAUCCGACGCGGAGAGUAUUUCAAUGUAGUAUCCACUCAACCAGCCAUCCGCACCACGGGACCGAACUACGUUGUUCCUGUGACGGCCGCUGAGUUCCAUGAUAGAUACGCACACUGGGAUCCAUUGCUUGAGAAAAUCCUCAGCAAGCUCCCCGAACAAAACGUCCUAGAGUGGAAGCUCUGUGAUUUGGAGCCUUUGAACACCUGGUUAUUUCCCGGAGGAAAGAUUGUCUUGAUUGGAGAUGCUUCACACGCAAUGCUUCCAUCAGCGGCACAAGGCGCUGGUAUGGGCAUUGAGGAUGGUGCAGCCAUUGCAGAGCUUCUUGCGCGGAUAGAGAACCGGUCUCAGAUCCCUGCCGUAUUGAAAGCUUUCCAAAAGCUACGACUUCCAAGAUGUACAGAGGUUGUGGACAGUGGGAGGCAGAAUGCAAAGAAAUGGCACAACAAAGACGCAAAGGGUGGAACAGUGACUGAUGAUAUUUGGGAUUAUGACGUGGUAGCCGCGGCAAGACAAAUAACUCUUGAGAUCUGA